UGCUCUAUCAUCAAGUCCGAAUUAAGCAUCCCGACGACGAAGAACUCCCUCCCUGCUGGCCUCGACCGACUGCACCCGGCCAAAAUAUCCAUAUCUCUUUCUCGUCGAGAUAUUUCCCAGGCCAGGCCGAUCGACGCGUAUAUCUUCUCCGGUCUCCGAUGAUUCAUGCAUCAUUGGCAUUGUGCCAUCAUAUUUGCUGACUCGUCGCUGCAUGCUAUGGCCAUGGUCACCACUUCGCCGGCCACUCUACAGCCAUCAUCGUCAUCAUGCAAGCACGCGAGCCGCGGCGUGGCCCGGUGCUGCCCUGCUCCUCCUCCUCCUCUGCUGUCGUGGAAGAGACGAAGCAGCGGCCAGCAGCAGGUGACGACGACAAGGGCCACGGCGGCGAGCUCCCGUGGGCAGCCGCCCAUCGGCGUCGCGGGUGUGGCCGGCGGCGAGGAGGAGGGCGACAGCAUCCGGCGGCUGCAGAACGGGUCGGACGUGCGGGGCGUCGCGCUGGAGGGCGAGAAAUGCCGUGCCGUGGACCUCACCCCGCUGGCCGUCGAGGCCAUCGCCGAGAGCUUCGGGGAGUGGCUGCGGGAGGAGGAGCUCCGGCUCCGGGGCGAGGAGCCCCAGCAGCAGCUCCGGGUGUCCGUCGGCCGCGACCCUCGGCUGUCGGGGCCGCGGCUCGGCGCGGCGCUCUUCGCGGGGCUCGCCAGCGCCGGCUGCUCCGUCUUCGACAUGGGGCUCGCCACCACGCCGGCCUGCUUCAUGAGCACCAUACUGCCACGCUUCAACUAUGACGCCUCUAUCAUGCUGACGGCGUCACACCUCCCCUACACCCGCAACGGCCUCAAGUUCUUCACCAAGCGCGGCGGGCUCACCUCGGGCGACGUCGAGACCAUCUGCGACCGCGCGGCGCAGAAGUACGUGGCGCGCCGGAAGAUGGGCCUCGGAGACACGCCGCCGCCGCCGCCGGUGGUGAUGCGCGUGGACCUGAUGAGCGCCUACGCGCAGCACCUCCGCGACAUCAUCAAGCAGCGCGUGGCGCACCCGGAGCACUACGACACGCCGCUGAGGGGGUUCAAGGUCGUGGUGAACGCCGGCAACGGGUGCGGCGGGUUCUUCACGCGGGACGUGCUGGAGAAGCUGGGCGCCGACACCACGGGCAGCCUGCACCUGGAUCCCGACGGGCGGUUCCCCAACCACAUGCCCAACCCGGAGGACGCGACGGCCAUGUCGCUGACCCGGGGCGCCGUGCUGGCGCAGGGCGCGGACCUGGGCGUCGUCUUCGACACGGACGUGGACCGCAGCGGCGUGGUGGACGCCGGGGGCGCGGCCAUCAACGGCGACCGCCUCAUCGCGCUCAUGUCGGCCAUCGUGCUGGGCGAGCACGGGGGCACCAUGGUCGUCACGGACGCGCGCGCCAGCGACGGGCUCACGAGGUUCAUCGAGUCCAGAGGGGGACGCCACUGCCUGUACCGCGUCGGCUACCGCAACGUGAUCGACAAGGGCGUGCAGCUCAACGACGACGGCGUGGAGACGCACCUGAUGAUGGAGACCACCGGGCACGGCGCGCUCAGGGAGAACUACUUCCUCGACGACGGCGCCUACAUGGUGGUGAAGAUCAUCAUUGAGAUGGUCCGGAUGAAGCUGGCAGGGGUGGAGGGAGGGGUAGGGAGCCUCAUCGCGGAUCUGGAGGAGCCCGCAGAGUCCGUGCUCUUGAGGAUGGACGUCUUGGGGGAGCCCAAGCAUGCCAAACAAAGGGCGACACAGGCAGUGGAGGCUUUCAAGAAAUACAUCAUGGAGGACAAACUUUCCGGUUGGGUGCUCGAUGAUUGCGGGGAUUGCUCAGUGUCCGAGGGAUGCCUCGAGGACUCAAAUGAUCGUCCCAUCGAUGUCGAUGCAUACAUGUACAGAGCGAAACUUUACGACGAGAAUGAGAGAGCACUAGGCAUGGUCCACCUUCGUCAAAGUGUGCAUAACCCCAAUAUAGCACUGAACAUGCAGUCCUAUGUUCCUGGUGGUUGCAAAUCCAUGGCAAAGGAUCUUCAUCAGAGGUUUUUGCUCGCAAGUGGGCUGAACGAGUUUGUUGACAUCAGCGAAGUGGAGAAAUUUAUCAAGUAGUGCUUAUAUAUGGUCUUGUUAGAUUUACCCACCCCACCCUGUAUACAUUACAGUUCAGAUACUAGCUAGGAGUUCACUACUGUUGCGAUCGAGGGUACAUCUGUUACAUGAUUCUCUCAUAUCCCUUCCAUGGUGAACCUUGUAUAUAUUUAGCAAAUGUAGAUAGUUGUAUUUUCGAUUCUAUUAUAAUGAUCUUAGCGAUUUCAAAAAAAAAUAAGAUUCACAAUCUA